AUGGGUCACAAAGCAAUAUCUGCGCUCGCUUUUUUGACCUGGGUGACGUUGUACCAAAUUGGUGGCGCGACAAGUGUUUCUGACUCUGGAAUGCAACGUCAUGCGAUCAAAUGUGGUUACCUGGAAACAUGA